UUGAAUAAGGAAAUAAGCGUGGAAGAGGCGGGGCAACGUCCCGGAUGCAUGUAAACAUCCACGUCAACAGAAAGUAUAUUAAUGAAACAGUUCUAAGGGCACGGAAGAGUGCAAAUAUAGACAUUACCGUUUGUGGCGGAUGUAUAAUUAAAUGACUUAAACACGGUGGUGUUUUAGGUUUGUGCAAACAAUGGCUUCCCUAACGCAGAGAAACUCGGGCCUGGUGCAGAGACGGACCGAGGCCUCGCGUAGCGCCGCCGCCGCGGAUAAAGAGAAAAGCCCCGGAGAGGAUGAGCACGAGUCCCGCCGCGGAGAAGAGGACGACGACGACCAGGGAGACGCUAAAGAAACGCGGCUGACUUUGAUGGAAGAGGUGCUGCUGCUCGGACUCAAGGAUAGAGAGGGUUACACAUCAUUCUGGAAUGAUUGCAUAUCGUCUGGACUGAGAGGAUGUAUGCUGAUUGAACUUGCCAUAAGAGGACGCCUGCAACUGGAGGCAUCUGGAAUGAGGAGGAAAAGCCUGCUAACCAGAAAGGUGAUUUGUAAAUCUGAUGCCCCCACUGGAGAUAUGUUGCUAGACGAGGCAUUGAAACAUGUUAAAGAGACUCAGCCUCCAGAGACAGUCCAGAGCUGGAUUGAGUUGUUAAGUGGUGAGACCUGGAAUCCGUUGAAGCUGCACUACCAGUUGAGAAAUGUGCGAGAGCGUUUGGCUAAGAACUUGGUGGAAAAGGGCGUUCUCACCACAGAGAAGCAAAACUUCCUGCUUUUUGACAUGACCACCCACCCGCUCACCAACAACACCAUCAAGCAGCGGCUGGUGCGCAAGGUCCAGGAGGCCGUCCUGGAGAAAUGGGUCAACGAUCCCCAACGGAUGGAUAAGCGUGUACUGGCGCUGCUGUUCCUGGCACAUUCCUCUGAUGUUCUGGAGAACGCCUUCGCUCCUCUGCUGGAUGACCAGUACGAUCUGGCCAUGAAGAGGGUGCGGGUGCUUCUGGAUCUCGAGCCUGAGGCUGAAGCUGCUAAGUCAGGCGCCAAUGAGCUGCUAUGGGCGGUGGUGGCCGCUUUCACCAAAUGAACCUCUAGAGUACAGAGAAAGGGACUCAACUUUGUGCUCAUGGCAUUGGACUCAGAACGCUGGCCCCAAGCUUGGUUGAUUCGGACUAAUAUUGGUGAUGGUGAUGAUGGAAAUGCAAAUAAUGAAGAAGACGAUACUUGGAAAAGAACAGAUUUUUCUCAUUGUCACAGAUCUGUCUCUGACCUUCACAAAAAUGUUGCCCUUUCUACUUCAAAUGGCCAUUAGUUGCUACAUGAUUGCAAUUCACUGUGAGGCUUCUUGUAGUUCAUGCACUUAGAUCAUAAAGUUCAUGUAAGAACAAAAAUGAGCGCAUUGAAGGGAGGUGGUUUGUAAAGGGUCUGCCUUUAACUAGGCCAUUACCAAUCCUAAUCCAGAUCCUGGUAUAGUUCUAGAGUAAUUUCAAACACCAUGUGUCUUUGAAUAAGGAGCCACUUCUUCCAUACACACAGGUUUGAUGAUCCUUGUCAUGGUUACAUGGAAAUGUCCUGUUUCGGUUGCAUUUGCAUAUUCAGCAGGAAGUGUUCCAUUAGUUUCUGCUACCUGAAUUGGGUCUGGAGUUUAAGGAAAAUAAAACCAUUAAAAAAUUCAUUUCAAAAGACUGAAACACGAGCAUAAGUUUGUCUCCGGUGCUUUGAAAGAUACAUGAUCCUGCUUCCUUGCAAGUCUUCUUUCUUGAAAUCCACUCUUUCUGAAUGCUCAAAGAAUAAAAUGUUCUAAUGUGAGCUAA